AUGCGGUCCUCGUCGUCACCGUCGCCUGCCGGCUCAGGUCUCGACGCCCGCCGGCCUCGUAGUGCUCAGACUCAGACGGUGGCCGUGAAUAUGAUUGAGACCCCGAGUCAACAGGGCACUCAUCACUUCCAGCUCUUGAGCGAAUGUGUCGAGACCAAAACCGUUACUACGACCACCCGUCUCACCCGAAAAUUCCCCCAAGUCUUCAUCCGCGACCCUACGCCCUUGUCAACCCUGGAUGCGAGAGAGUACCCUCUGGCGAUGAAGCCAACGCCGCCGGAACUGACUGAUUUAUUUUUGGGACCACGUCGCUUCCGCGGGGGUUCUGAGCCGUCUCUCAGUGCCAAUGAAACCGAAGGGGAGGAAGAACGCGAGCAUGUCAAGCGCGAAGUCGACGACGACCUGCACAUCUGUCCUUAUGUACGCAAACCGCCCUUUCGCGGCAAUGCAGAUAGCGGCAUUGAUACAUCAUCUCACCGCUCUCGUACAUCUACUCAGCGACCUGAUGCUAGCCGGACACGUCCAAUGUCGGAGCCGCAACCUUCGGGGUCCCAGCCGACAAUCACCCUCCGCCGCUCCAGUCGACAUUCCUCUGUCUCACCUAGCGAGCCGCACAUAUCCCGUACGAUACGGCUUCGACCCUCGCUCGCCGACUCCCCUACCUCUAAUUUACCCUAUCCAGAUACCACGCCAGCUCGUCGGACGCGAUCCACCCGCUUGCAGUCCGUAUCCGAUCGGCUGCGUCGAUCCGUUGCUCAAUCUCAACCGGGCACCAGUCGGUGGCCGCCUACUGAGGGCUGUCUUGCCAAUGCCACCGGGCUUCCCGCUACUCCGGAUACGUCUGCAGUCUUGGGACCAUCGCAAUCACGAGCUGCCCAGGGAAAGGCUCGCCAGCUGGACAUUGUGCAAGAUUCGCGAGAAACGACGCCCACCACCCAACCCACGUACGAUUCCGCCAGCCCGACCGAAAGCGAGGCACACACCAUAUUCAGCAGUAACGUGGCGACACCCCCCAUAACUGAUGCCGAUGCCGAGCCAUUCGGAGACGCCGACGAAUCGCUUCAAAGAUCGAUACGCUUGCACCAACGUCCCUCGAUUGAUAUUGUGGCAGCCCAAGAUGCUAGCCUACCGAGUCCUCGACUAUCGCCGACAUUGGCUGCCGGACCGCUUCCGGCUGCGGCCGAUGCUGCCAACGAUGAUGAAAACUCCCGCUUCGAUACUUCCUAUCAUUACGCAGGGCCGUGCACGCAUUCAACGGACGACGUGGGCUCCAUGGAACUUGCACCAAGCGGCUACAGCCAGGAUGACUUGCAGGAAAUGGGUCGAGCUCGCCGUCCCUUGCUUGUAGACACGCAGAAUCUGCUCGAGGCGUUCGAUUCCAUGAAGACGGAGAUGAAGACAUACAUGAUGUAUCAGUUUCUGCGACGCUGCCCCCGCCCAACACUACGCGUCAUCGCUGAUACCGUAAACCCUGCUCUCAAGUGUGAUUUUUUGAAACAAUUGCCUCUGGAGCUUGGCUAUCACGUGCUGGCAUAUCUCGAAUUCCGCGAUCUCUGUCGUGCUGCCCAGGUUUCCAGGCACUGGCGCAACAUUGUCGACCGUAACGAAACUGGCUGGAAAGAACUUCUCGGAUUAGAUGGCUUUGCACUACUGCCGGGCGAACUAAGCAAGGCGAUUACGCAAGGAUGGGGGUGGCAGGAUCCAGUUGGCCCAACAGGCCACGAGCGCGAUUUGAGUAUGCACAGUCGCCUCGUUUCUUCUCAACGCGAUCUCGUCCGUUCCGUCAAAAACGAGCAACUUUCCAAAGCCCGAGGUGCAAAGCGAAAGCGAGGCAUCAAUGCGUAUACUACGGCUGAGCGAUCAAAACGCCGUGCCUUUCCCAACGAUGCAGUCGCCUCCCGGUACCACAGAGAGGAGAUCGAAACUAAGCAACACAAGUCUGAAGGGCCCAUCUCUGCCGCGAACGCUGCUGCUUCCGCCGUACCUGACCCCCAGCUGGGGUUGGCCAGCUUGCGGCAGCUGCAUCUUUACAAAUCUCUUUAUCGCCGUCACCACAUGAUACGGCAGAGCUGGACAAGUGGGAAAGUCAAACCUAAACAUGUGGCUUUUGCCGCGCACCCAAGGCAUGUCAUUACAUGUCUGCAGUUUGACGAAGAGAAAAUCAUCACAGGGAGUGACGACACGUUAAUCCACAUCUAUGAUACGCAUACGGGCAAGCUGCAAAAGAAGCUCGAGGGACAUGAGGGUGGUGUGUGGGCUUUACAGUAUGAGGGUAAUAUUCUCGUAUCUGGCUCGACCGAUCGAUCGGUUCGAGUAUGGGACAUUGAGCGAGGCUUGUGCCAGCAGGUAUUCUACGGUCACACCAGUACUGUCCGUUGCCUGCAGAUUCUCAUGCCUGCAGAGACGGGCCGCGCCCAUGAUGGCAAGCCGAUUAUGCAGCCAGAGAAGCCUUUAAUCAUCACCGGAUCUAGAGAUAGCCAGCUUCGUGUUUGGCGGCUGCCUGAAGUAGGCUCGAGGCGCUACAUCCAGACUGGGCCGCCGGCACAAGAAACCGACUGUCCUUAUUUCAUCAGAGUUCUCAUUGGCCACACACAUUCUGUCCGCGCUAUUGCGGCACAUGGAGACACACUUGUGUCCGGUUCUUAUGACAGCACUGUGCGAGUGUGGCGCAUAAGUACCGGCGAAUCUGUACAUGUUCUCCACGGCCAUUCGCAAAAAGUCUAUUCCGUGGUUCUAGACCACGAACGCAACCGCUGCAUUUCUGGCUCGAUGGACUCGUAUGUCAAGAUUUGGGAUCUCGACACGGGUUCAUGCUUGCAUAAUCUAGAAGGCCACAACAUGCUUGUCGGGCUCCUCGACCUGCGCGACCAGCGUCUUGUGUCUGCUGCUGCGGACUCGACGUUGCGCAUCUGGGACCCCGAAAACGGCAAAUGCAGACACACCUUGAUGGCCCAUACUGGAGCCAUAACCUGUUUUCAGCAUGACGGUCGUAAGGUGAUUAGCGGCAGUGAGAAGACUGUCAAGAUGUGGGAUAUCCGCAGCGGCGAAUGGGUGCAGGACUUGUUGACGGACUUGCGUGGCGUAUGGCAGGUCAAGUUUGACGAGCGACGAUGUGUCGCUGCAGUUCAGCGGGGUGACUUGACUUAUGUCGAGAUUCUCGACUUCGGCGCUGUUCGCGAUGGCGUUCCUCCUGAAGAGCUUGGCACGCGAAAACUCCUUAACGAGCCGGAAAUCCGAGCCAUGCUCGAAGAGGAACCAUGA